ACAAUGUGCUGAAGCCAUGGCGGACCAGACAAACAGUUGUAGUCACAAUGGCAGAGAUUAAGACUGCGUUGACUUCGUCAGGUGUCAGUAUGACAGCGCGUCCUGUCCCCAGGGGGAAACAACCUGUGUCCCAGCAGUACCAGUUUGGUCCAUGGACGCUGACAAGCACAAAAAGUCACAUACUUGAAUCGGAGGGACAUGAGAGAGAAAAGUUUGAGAGUGAGUUGGAGCUACCACAGUUGCCGGAGAUGGUGUUUGCCGACAACACACUCAGUCUUCAGCAUCAAGGUGGUUUUGGACUUGUCUUCACAGCUCUGGGGGCCCUGAAGUUGGUGGACGCACACCAAGACCCCUUGAAGGUGGCUGCUGCAGCAGAGUGGCAGAACGCACGAUCAUCCUGUGAGCACAUCCAGAAUGUUGUGAAGCUGAUUACUGGACCUACUGGACAAGCUAAGCCUGGAUUACCGUGGACAACCAGCCUGGGUUCAAGGUCACACCCAUCUGAGAGAAUAGAUUUGGAAAAACUCAAACUUCGGGAGAAGAUAAUGUUUUACGAUGAUGUCCUGCUGUUCGAGGAUGAAUUAUCAGACAAUGGCUCCUCCAUUCUCAGUGUCAAAAUUCGUGUCAUGCCAAGCAGUUUCUUCAUACUGUUGCGGUUCUUCAUGCGUGUGGAUAAUGUGAUGAUCCGCAUCAACGAUACACGGAUAUACCACCAGGGAGGUCAGAACUACAUCCUUGAGGUCAGUUCACAAAGCAAGGAUGACAAAGUUGAAAACCUCAAGGUUAGCUCACACCUGUUCACAGAUCCCAAUGAAAUCAACAAGCACCUGCCACUGAGGGCAGAAACCUUUGAGAAGUUGGAAUUCCCAGAGGAAGUUACCACAUGCGAGCCAGACUCCACUGUAGAUACUACAUGACGAUAAACUGGAAGUGCUGGCACCAUUGUUGUAGAUGUCGGCACCAUUAUUGUGUGUGUGUGUACUAUGUAUAUAUAUGUAUGUGAAAUAGAAAUCUUCAAAUCUUGA